AUGGUUGCCAGAACCCCACCAAAGCAGAAGAGAGUGUUAGCCACUCUCAAUCCAGUUCUCAUUAAGGAAACACUUAACAAGGUGGAUCAGUGCGUGGCUCGGCUGCAGGAACUUCAAUACACGGUGACUGGUGGAACCAAGGUGGUGUCAGGUGUAAGUCUAAGCCCUCGCAGCACCAGAGGUUAUCUCAGAACCAGUCUCAGGUGCAAGCAAGAAUCAGCUAGGAUCAAGAAUGGUGCUCCAAGGAGAUCUCCAGUGGGAAAGUUUCCAGCAAACACAGGUGAAUGGAGGAGAAUGUCAUUGCCUGCAAUGCUUGUAGGCGAAACUGUCAGAGAAAUAUUGCAGGCAAGUCAAUUUGCCAGAGAAAUAGUUUCAGCAGUUGAUAAGAAAACAGUUUCUGAGGACCCAAAAACUCCAAUGUCUCAACGUACAAACCAACAAGUAAACCUUGAAAACACACAACUCAAGGCCAGAAGGAAGAAAGAGAAGCAAACCAAACACCAGAAUGAUGGGUCCCCAUCACUUCAAAGGGCUCGUUCCAAAAUUAAUUUUAAGGUUUCUCCUCCAAAAGUAAGAGAAUUUGACAAAGAAAAUAACAGAUAUCUGGCAAAUAGGGUAUCUCCCAGGAAUAGGCCAUGGGCUAGAAAGGCUGUACUAUUCCCCAACCCUUUGUUCUUGUCCACUCAAUCUUCACAGUCACAACAGCAAUUUUGCAAGACAAGGUCCCCUAUCAUAUCAAGAAAUAGAGGAACACCACACAAGUUUUUGAUCAAGUCUCCAACUUCAACCUCCAAAUUUCAAGUUCAGAUCAAAAGCUCUAUUUCACCCACAAGACCUGCAAGUUUGAGUAGAAGUUCUCCAAAGAGAUCGGUAUCGGCUGCGUCUAAAUUCCGUCGAUCUUUCUCUCCUUCAAGAAUAGCAUCCAGAUUAGUUUCACUUUCACCAUUGAAGACCAAGAAAACUGUACAGAAAAAUGAUGGGUUUGUUGUAAGUGGACUGAAACAGCGCCCACCAUCAACACUGCAAUUCCCUGUUCGAAGAAUUUGA